AUUGACGCGUCAAUAAGAGUACACAAGAUUCCCUAAAUAUUACUCGACCUCGAGUGUAGUCGCCAAUGCUUUCGACGGUUGCCCGCAGAUGCCCGCUUCAUCAUCGAUCUAAAAGACUUUUGACCGAUAUCAACCUAUGCACCCUUACACCUCGACGACAAACUACCCGUUCUGGAUUCGUCUCAACAAGCACCUCGAAUUCAAACCGCACAAGACACGUAAAUCUUCCAGGUCAGAGGCGGCGGUGGAACAGUAGUUUUUCGACGUCAGCGCCGAAGCGGGAUGCACUCGAUGAAACAGGAACAGGAGAACGAGAGUUCUCUGCAGCGCUCCUAUUCAGACCGAACAGCUUGUCUGUAGAAGACGCAUGGGCCGUAAUUGAUCGAGCAAAAGAUGUUUGGCCGUCCUUGCAAACCCACGACGACACCUGGUCAUCCGACUGGGCUCAAUGGGAGGAUCUCUUUCCUCUCUAUUGGCAUUCACCUCAUUAUCUAAUGAUACCCAACAUCGAAAUGUUUGUCAACCUUCAAUACGGGAUUCAGGGAGAGACGAAGCCUCUUUUGUAUUCUCUUCCGGUCUCACAGGAAGAUUGGCUGAAUAUGAAAAAAGGAAUGGGGGAAACGGGACAACCUCUACCUGCAACUCCACCGGAUUGGUUUUACUUCACCAUAGUCGGGAAGGAAGAUUCUGAGGUGUAUAUGGCAGAGAUGCAGUCCCAAACCAUAGCUCGACUCUAUUUAGGGGAUAAACCACUGGGCGUUGAUGGUCUCCUUGACGUACUUGGCCCUCCCGACCGGCGCAACGCCCUCGUUCUUGAGACCCUUUCGCCAUCAGAAGAGGGCUGUCAGCUUCUCGAGCGAAUAUUUGCACGAGAUCCAACCGUCACCGGAGUGCUGGGCGAGGAAAGGUGGCUGGGAACUGUACCAGAACCUACUGAGACUUGGCAAGAAUGGUUAGCACAACCGGAGGCACUUUCAGAGGAUGUUGAGAAUGAUGAAAUUGAAGAGUUCGAUAAAGAGGGGAUGGAAAACGAGGAAACAUCCGCGGCUGAGGAGGAGGAGCUCGUAGAAGAGGACGAGGAAGCUGACAAAGUAGGAGUUGAGGCGUCUGAAGAAAUCCAAUUGAGUGGCGAAGAACAGGCAGUGCUUGAAGACGCAAGGCAACUUGGGCUAACUGAGGACAUGGACAAGUUGUCGGAGAUGAUGCAAGAGGCGGAAGGGGAGAUCGACCGCACAGUCAAGAGAUUGGGAGAGGUCCUUGCUGAGGCUGCAGAUCCAUCUUCAUUUUCAACUUCGACGUCACCCGCGGAGGAUCAAAGUUCACUGGCUGCCGACCCGCUAUCCACAGACCCGGACGCAGUUGAUCGAGCAGUGGAGCAUAUAUUAAACUCUGAUAGCAGCACACUCAAUCUCUCUCAGUUACGCGGUCUUUCUGUCGAACAGCUCGCGGAGGUACAAGGCAGACUAGAAGCUAUUGCAGCUGACGUUGAGGAGAGGAAGGAAGCGGGAGCCUCUGCAUGGAAACCGGAGGGGGAUGGAGAAAUGGAGACUUCGCGAGUAGACGAUGACAGGAUGAGGGUUAGAGUACCUUUAAAACCUUCCAAAGGAGAAGGUCCCAAACCUGGCGACUCGUAGUCUGAGAUAUCUGCAUGCAGUCAAUUUCGUCAUUAGAAACCUGCUGGUUGUAAGUAUGAAGUCAAAGGCCUCGUUCUUCCGUCAAGUCAGACAAGCUUAUGAC